CCGCCCAGGCAACCCUGGGGGUUGUAGUCCCUUCCGCCGCGCUGCAGCUUGGGACGGCCGUGCCUGCUGCCGCUGCAGUCUGCGUGGCGCCUCCCGCUCCGCCGGCCGUCCAGCGGGGUGAAGGCCAUGGACGUCAACCAGCCCAAGCAGGAGCAUUUGCUGGCUCUAAAAGUGAUGAGGCUGACCAAACCUACCUUGUUCACUAAUAUUCCAGUGACUUGUGAAGAAAGAGAUUUGCCAGGUAAUCUAUUUAACCAGCUCAUGAAAGAUGACCCUUCUACUGUAAAGGGGGCUGAAACUUUGAUGUUAGGAGAAAUGCUGACUUUGCCUCAAAAUUUUGGAAAUAUAUUUCUGGGAGAGACAUUUUCCAGUUAUAUUAGUGUGCACAAUGAUAGCAAUCAAGUAGUCAAGGACAUACUUGUGAAGGCUGAUCUUCAGACAAGUUCUCAGCGUUUGAAUCUUUCAGCUUCUAGUGCUGCAGUGGCAGAACUUAAACCUGACUGUUGCAUUGAUGACGUGAUCCAUCAUGAAGUAAAGGAGAUAGGAACACACAUCUUAGUUUGUGCAGUAAGUUAUACUACGCAGACUGGAGAGAAGAUGUACUUCAGAAAGUUCUUCAAAUUUCAGGUUCUUAAACCACUAGAUGUGAAAACCAAAUUCUACAAUGCAGAGAGUGACCUCAGUUCUGUGACAGAUGAAGUCUUUCUGGAAGCUCAAAUUCAGAAUAUAACUACCUCUCCAAUGUUUAUGGAGAAGGUUUCUUUAGAGCCAUCUAUGAUGUACAAUGUUGCAGAACUGAACACAGUUGACACAGCAGGAGAAAGUGAGUCUACUUUUGGUGCAAGGACUUAUUUACAACCUAUGGAUACACGUCAAUACUUAUACUGUUUAAAACCAAAGCAAGAAUUUGCAGAGAAAGCUGGAGUAAUAAAAGGUGUAACAGUGAUUGGUAAAUUAGACAUUGUGUGGAAAACUAAUCUGGGUGAACGAGGAAGGCUACAAACUAGCCAGCUCCAAAGAAUGGCUCCUGGUUAUGGUGAUGUAAGGCUUUCACUGGAGACAAUACCAGAUACUGUAAAUUUGGAAGAACCUUUUGACAUUACAUGUAAAAUAACCAAUUGCAGCAGUGAAAGGACUAUGGAUCUGGUUUUAGAAAUGUGCAAUACUAAUUCCAUCCACUGGUGUGGAGUUUCAGGAAGGCAACUUGGAAAGCUGCACCCAAGUUCAUCCCUCCAUCUUGCACUUACAUUGUUGUCUUCAGUGCAGGGAUUGCAGACCCUUCCAGAUGGAUAUCAUCAUUCUAGUAUAAAAACCUUCGGUCCUGGGUUUUGUAAAGGUAUUCUUCAUUAUCCGGAGUUCCCUGAAACAUUCCUCAUCUAAAUGAAGGGAUGCCAGAGCAGAAAUUUGUUUGACUUGUGCUAAGUAAAUCCGUAGCUUUCCUAAAUAGUAUCUGAGAUAUUAAGUAGUUAUCAACACAAUUUGAAAGCACAUGUAGGAGUACUUAAAAGAUUUAAAGGAAUUUAGUAAGUGGCACUAGAAAAUAACAACGUGUGAGAGCCAGAAAGUGAAGCUGAGCACACAGCAGUUCAGUCAUUCCAGUUGAUGGCAAUGUACGGAGCAAACAAAUGCAGCCCUGGAAAAUAAGUCUUAAUGUUCCUGGUUUUAAUAACAAACAGUGGGAACAGACCACAGUAUUAUUCCCUUGACACUGCUCCCUUUUAAAUAGAUGUUGCACAGUUACCCUGCUACAAAUGUGACAGUAAAAACCAUGCAGUUCUCACUUACGCGUGGAUCAGGCUGGACAAAUCCGAAAGGCCACCAACCCCAGCAGCAGGGCCACCAAUGGCAUUUGACAUCAUCCCUGACAUCCUGAAACAGUUAGCACAGUGUUUGCAUUGGGGUGUGCAAUAAGCCCCACUUAUUUUUGAAUUGCUAAGAGGAACUAAGUUGCAAGGAGAAGAAGCUAAACUUUUACUGUAAGCAAAAUAAAAUUACGUUUUCAAUCAUAUAUCUACAUUUCAAAAAUACAGCUGUAAGUACUAUGCAUCUUUUAUUAAUUCAAACGUCUUAAGACAUUUGUUUUAAUGAUAACCCAAUUUAAUACUUACAGUUGUUGAAUUUGAGGAUUUUGCAUUAAGCUUGCUGCCUAGAAUAGACAACAUACAGCUGAAAUUAUAAAACAUUUACUACUUGGCUAUCACUGAGAAAAUCAUGCAGAAGAAACCCACAUGCUCUCUUCUGUUUUGUUACAAAAUUAAGUUUACAUGCAGAGCAAAAAGAGUCACUACAGCAACAUAUUUCAUGGAAAUGAAGCUGAUACAAUUUGUUAUGUGUUAAAGAAAAAAUAGUGGUUAUAGAUUCAGACAUGAAAAAUAUGACAAGCCAUUUAACAUAAAAAACCCAGCCCCAGAAAACUAAACAAACAAAUGAAGUAUUGAAGAAUUGCAAGGACAAAUGUUUUCAACUGGACUUUUUGGACAAAAGUCUGUAUUUUGUUGCUUCUCAGCCUGGAUAAAUUAAUUUUGUAACUACUAUUAGUACCAGGCAUUAACAGUUAAGAUUAUGGCCACAAAAUAUUUCAGACCAAAUUGGAGUGUGGACUUACUUUGUAGUAUGGUUUUGUGGUAACAUAUAUCUUCGCUGGUAACUGUGCAUCUUCUUAUUUUGUAGUAAGAAUGAGGCUAUUUAAAUUUCUCAUUCAUUAGAUACCUCUAAAAUUAUAUUGCUUUUACCAUAGUGUAAGGGUGUCUGUGGACUGAUACUAUAGGAAAAAACAUGUGAUUUUUCAAUGUUAGUAAUGUAAUUCCUACAGAAAUCAGUGUCUGUAUGAAUGCAUCACCAGUAGACAAAACACAAUAUGUGUUUCUUAACUGUCCUAUUAAAGAUAUUACAAAAAUCAGAUAUAUCCUAUAUUCAUUUUAUUGAUCAAUACAUCAACAUAUAUAGAUAACUCAAAAGUAAAUAAACUUUUUUGUCUAGUUAAUAGUUAGAUAUAAAAUGGAUAAAAUGUCACAUGCAGGUCAAUUCUGUGCUCAAUAUAGGGUUAGUUUCUUCCAUCAGUAAUAAGCUUUAUCUAGUUUAGAAGCAAAAAAACUGAGGCUAAUACCAAUUUUCUCAAGGUCAGACAGUGAGGCAAUUUUUUCGCCUUAACAAAAAUAUCCAAGUAACUACACCUUGGGAAAAGAACUCAUUCAUUCCAAAUAAGUGCUCUGUGUCCUAUCUAGUUCACCCAGUGUCUUCUGGAAACAAUGUAAAAGAUCCUUUCCCCAAAGUCAGCUCCAUACAUCAUUGAUUUCCAACAGACAGAGGUUGUUUUAAGUACAUCAUGUGGCCAGUGAAGUAGUACACAUAGAUGCAGUGCUAUUUAAUCACGAAUGCCAUCAGAGAACUUGCUCCCUUUUCCCUUGCCUACUGUCUCUAUUAUUUGGACCAUGUUACCAAACCAGAUAUAUGGAUCUCUUUUGAAUGCAGUGCACUUCCAUACAAAAGCACUGGCUGAAAUGUGCUGUUCCAUUGAAGCUAGCAGAGUGCUUCUAAAGUUUUAACUGCUUUCUUAAAGGAAGUAAGUUUGGGGGUUGUUUUCUGUGGGUUUUUUUUCAUUUAUUUUUCUUGAAAUUCCAUUCUACAAAGUUAAUUAAUUCUGUUUUGUUAAGAAAGCCAUAUGGAAAAGAAAGACUACACUGAGGGAGAAGUACACAAUUUGUUAUUGUAUUGAACAUAAGAAGAAUGCAGUACAUGAUAUUUAUAUUCAUUUUUUGAAGUCUUAAGGUUACUAGGGAUAAUUUGAAAGAGUAAGAACAGACAGGUCUCUUGGAUAGUUCUCCCAAAGAAGAGUUACUUUAGUCCUUGUAUCAUUGUUAACUGUUCUGUGGGGAAUUGAAGAAAUUUUCAUCAUGUUGUUGACAAAAGCUUUCUGUCAUAGCAUACAUAAAAACAGCAUAGCUAACCUAUAUGUGUUUUUUUCUAUAAGUAAUAGAAUCAACUGGAAAUAAGACAGGCUUUAUUGGAGAUACUUGCUUCACUUCUUGUUUUGUGUGUAAAAUGAUGUAGAAAAGUUUAAAUUCAGUGUAAUAAAACUAUUGCUAUAAUAAUACUGAUUAAAAUUGCUUGUGUUAUUGAACAACAGUUGUUCUUAAAAGUUCAGUUUUUAAAACGGGAUAAUGCAAACCUUGAGAUAUACUCACCAUACUAAUGAAGGCAGGAUUGUUUAUCAAGCUUGCCAUGUCAAAACUCAGUCCAGUUCCAGUCUACAAACAAAUUGCAAUUGAAGCUAAGUUUCCUACAAAAUCCCAGUUUAAACUAUUGUAAAUAAAUAGAUAUAGAGCAAACUUACAGGACUGGACACAUCUCUUAGUUUCUGUUCUGCUAUUUUCAAAUUUGACUUGUAAGAGUCAUUCUCUGGAUCAAGAUCCAGUGCUUUUUGAUAACUGGUAACUGCUUCUUCAUAUUUAUUCACGGAGGUCAGAGCCAACCUAAUAUGAAAUAAAUUCUGGUUAGAACAUAAAUGAUCAUCAAAAGCUAAUGAUAUAUUUUCUGUUCUAAGUAAAAUAGUAUCUCACAACUGAUUUUUAGCUUGACCAUUUAAUUAAAACAGGUACUACUGCUUAGUUUAAGCAUUUGUUUUUGUAGAGAAGGGGAUCCCUCAAGAACACAAUUUGCAUUGUCUGUUUCAUAUAUAUACAAGUUUCAUUAAAAACUCUUUGGUAUCAUCAAGUGACUUUUGUCACCUUAAGACCAGAAGCUGUAUCUGGCAUCUGUGCCUUUUUGCAUAAGCUCUAAGUGUUUUUUCCAGUUCUUUUGACCUAAGAGAUUAUUUAGAAACUCACAUGGGUAGGUAGGGCAAAGAUACUCUUAAUAUGAGUUAUGCAAUGUUAAGAAACUAGACCUACAAAUGCAGUGUUUAUUUUUAUAUAUAUUAAAA